GGUCGCGGGAGGCUGAAUAUGGAACUCAUAACGAACGAAAGAGCUCGAAAAGCAACGUUUCAGAAGAGAACGAAGGGAAUUCUGAAGAAGGCCGGCGAGAUUUCAACUCUUUGUGACCUAGAUGUGUGCAUGAUCAUCUAUGGCCCGAAACAAGCUGGUCGGAAUCCCGAACUCCACACGUGGCCAAGAAACCCGAGUGAGGUCAAUCGCAUAAUCAACAAGUACAAGGCAAGCACCACGUGCAAACCAGCCAAGAAAACCUUCAAUUUGUCCGACCUGUUGAUGGAUCGAAAGACAAAGGUACAUGUCGAUACCUACAGAGCGCGCAAGGAGAUGUACGAGGCCAAGUACCCAACAUGGGAUGAACGUAUUGAAAAUUUCUCCGAAAAUGAACUGGAGCUGCUUCUGAAUGCAUUGGAUGCUAAGCUCGAGGCUGGCAAGAGAACAUUACUUCAUAAGAGGAACCGGCCUGCUGAACACCAGUAUAUUUGUUCAUCAACCCAAAGGCAGCCUUGUAAUUAUUACAAACCGGAUCAAAAUGAUAACAAUGUGGAGGACAAAAAUCCUAUGACCAGCUGCUCUUGGAAUCGUAGUAAUAUGGAUAUGGUGGAGAUCCUCCAGCCCUUUCCAGUCUCAUCAUUUGACCAUCAUCAGCAGCAGCAGCACCCUUCCGAUCAAAUGCUUCGAUUCGAUAAUUCAAAUGAGUAUGUGAAUAGCGUUUUGGCUCCUAACAAUAAUCCCGGUCCGCUGGCGAUGUGGAUGCUGAUGCAGAGCAAAUACAACUAUAGUAGUCUCCAGUUAACCGGAGGGGCUUCCGGCAGUAAUUCUCAAUUACCAUUUGAAGGGCGGCAUCACAGUAACUUCAAUAACCCGAUGAUGAUUCAGUCUACGGUGGAGAAUAUGAAUAUGAAUAUGAUGAGGCAGGAGUACUAUUCAGCUCGACUCAUGCAGCAGCCAGCUGUGCCCUACUUGCAGUAUCCAGUGCUGCCGGCUAGCGUUUCAUCAUCUCAUCAAGUUCAUCAAGUGCAGGCUUCUCAUCAGGUAGUGAGAGACGAUGAUCAGUACGAAGAUAUCAGCCAGUAUCUAGUCAUGAAUAACAAGAUGGCUUAA